AUGCGCCCUAUCAUACUACACAGACGAAAGGAGAAGGCGAAAGCUGCAAUCCCGAAACCCCUUCCCGAAAGACCGAAGAGACUCAGAGACCUUUCUCUACCACGCAACAGCAGGCCCCAGUCCCAAGGUGGGGAUCUCUUCGUGAAACUCCCAUACGAAAUCCGCCGCAUGAUCUACAUCUAUGUCCUCGGUGACGAGAUGCUCCAUCUCGAGCAUCCUUGGGACAAACCGCGAAUCGUGCAUUAUAGCUGCCAACGGAAAUUAAACGGCGGGCACCGUUCCUACAACCUCUAUGGGCCCACCCAGAAGGAGGCAGGACACGGCAGAAUGAGUCUCGUCAAGACCUGCCGAGCCAUGUACAACGAAUCAAUCGACAUACUCUACACCACCAACACAUUCGCUCUGCAAACCUGCUCGAAUCUCGAAACAUUCCUCUGGUUCUCCAAAAGCAUCCGCCCCGGCCGUCUCGCGUCCAUCACCAACAUAUACAUCAACAUGUUCGCCGAGUGCUUCGCGCCCUUCUGGACCGACAUGACCCCCGGCUCCAGGUUCUGGGACUUCAUCCGCGACUGGGGCCGCGUGUGGUCGACGAUGGCGACGCGGAUGCCCGCCCUCACGACCCUGCGCGUCCACCUGUGCCGGAAGACCCAGGAGCUGGGGCUCGGGACGGACGAGGAUUGGAUCAGGCCGAUGCUGCGGGUCCGCGGGCUGCGGACCUUCGAGCUCGAGCUGGAGGGCAACGGCGUCUGUCGGGAAUGGAGCGCGGCGUAUUGCGAGCGGUUGCGGGAGUUGCAGGCGUUCCUGGCGAGGACGCUGUGCUCGGAGCGGAAGGCGGGGGAGAUGUACCCCGAGGCGAAGGGCGAUGCGGUGUAA